GGGCCGCGGCCAAUCAGAGCGACGACGCCGCAAGGGGCGGGCCCGGCGGCGGGGGAGGCUGUUUAAAGUGGCGCCCGCAGCGCGCGAAGGGAAUGGCGGAGCCGGCGGACUAUCCCCCCUUCCAGCUGGGGAAGCCCCGCUUCGAGCAGACGUCGUUCUAUGGCAGAUUCAGGCACUUCUUGGACAUCAUCGAUCCGCGCACUCUCUUUGUUACUGAGAGUCGCCUGAAGGAGGCUGUGCAGCUGCUGGAGGAUUACAAGCACGGGACUUUGCCCCCGGGAGUCACCAACAAAGAGCUGUGGGCCGCUCAGAAAAUCAAGCAGGCCAUCAUCCACCCCGACACAAACGAGACCAUCUUCAUGCCUUUCAGAAUGUCAGGUUACAUUCCCUUCGGAACGCCCAUCGUUGUUGGUCUUCUCUUGCCCAACCAGACGCUGGCAUCCACUGUUUUUUGGCAGUGGUUGAAUCAGAGCCACAAUGCAUGCGUCAACUAUGCAAACCGCAACGCGACAAAGCCUUCUCCGACGUCCAAGUUCAUCCAGGGCUACUUGGGAGCUGUCAUAAGUGCUGUCUCAAUAGCAGUGGGCCUUAAUGUUCUGGUUCAGAGAGCGAACAAGUUUACCCCCGCCACGCGUCUCUUGAUCCAGAGGUUUGUGCCGUUCCCUGCAGUCGCUAGUGCCAAUAUCUGCAAUGUUGUCCUGAUGAGGCACACGGAGCUGGAAGAAGGAAUUGAUGUCCUGGACGGUAACGGCAACAUCGUUGGGUCUUCCAGAAUCGCUGCAAAACACGCACUGCUAGAAACAGCCCUGACUAGAGUGGUCCUGCCAAUGCCUAUACUGGUUCUACCUCCAAUUAUUAUGUCCAUACUGGAAAAGACGUCCCUCCUGAGGUCCCGUCCCCGGAUGAUUCUCCCCGUGCAAAGCCUUGUGUGCCUCGCGGCCUUCGGCCUGGCCCUCCCCUUGGCCAUCAGCCUCUUCCCGCAGAUGUCCGAGGUCAGUACCUGUCUGGUCCCUGCAGACCAGGGGGGACAAUGCGUGGUCCUCCUUUCCAUCACAUCUGUUGUACCCCCCCGCGGUCAUCUGCUUCUGUACGGAGGAUGUUUGGACUGCAGAGCCAUCAAAGCACCAGGGAGCAGUGGGGCAAGCAGGCUGGAGCGUUUUGGGGAGUGUAUGAGGCUGAUGUUCUGCCUGCUUGGUGUCUGAGAAGCAUCUUGGCCAUCACUGUGGGUGUUUGGUUCCU